AUGACCAGAUCUUUUUAUCAGUUGAUGUGUCUUAAAUACAAGGAUGAAUCCUUAAAAUAUAGAUUACUAAGAUUUAUUUUGAAUCAUUCAUCUAUAGAAUAUCUCAACACUUCGUUCCUUAAAGCCAAAUUAGUAAUUACGCAUCCUAGUUUUAAAGUUUGUUUUCUAAACCUUAAAGAAUUCGAAACUACUAAUGAUUAUAGUCCUAAUUUCUUUAAAGAAUUAUCCAAAGUCUGCGUUAACAUUCAAGUAUUUAGAUUACAUUGCAACAGUGCCAAUAAGGAUAACAGUAAAUUAGCAAAGCUAAUUGAAGUACAAAAUAGAGUCAAAAAGGUGUAUACAUAUAAGUAUUUAUCCAAAUCAGGUGAAUUGGAAAAAUUAAUAUUGAAGGAUGCAAUAUCAAGUCAUGAUAUAUCGAUAGUUGAAUAUCAUAGUAAUGGAUUUACUGAAAUGGAUUUAUCAAUAUUGAGAUUUCAAAAUUUGGUAUCAUUACAUUUAGAAAAUUAUAAAGUGAAUGAAAUUGAUGUACCUGAAUUUAUCAAGUCAACUUCAUUCCCAAACCUUCAAGAGUUUACGAUUAUUGAUUUUCAAGAUUUUCAUAGGAAUUUGUUCUUAAAUAUUUCAAAUUUUAUUGAAAUAAAUGGAAGUGGGCUUAAAUAUUUAGAGAUUGGUGGAUAUUCAAAAGAUAUUAAGAAUCUGAAGACUCUUCUUUUAUCAAUUGGACGAAAUUGUGAAAAAUUAGAGAGUUUAACAACUUUUUAUGACUACAAUCUAAAACAUGAAAUCGGUGGAAUAUUUGAGAACUGCAUUUAUUUGAGAGAAAUCUAUUUAAGAUUAAUUGACGGAAAAACUAUAAAUGCAGAUGAUAUAUUUGAAUUUAUGAAAAAUGCAAGAAAUUUAAAAAGCAUUCAAUUUGGAAGUUUUAUUAGUAUUUCUGAUGAUUCAUUAUCUGUUUUGAAUGAAACAUGGUUAGGACUCAAACCUCUUUUACUAAUUUAUAGUAAUUAUAACCACCAUCGUUUAGGAGAUUCGCCGAUUCAUAUCUUGAAAAAUUAUGAAAAAUUGGGAUUAUUAAAAUAUGAAAUUACAGGCGAGACACCU